UCGGUAUUGAAAGCCUGUCGUUUGACAGGGCGAUCAUCUUUUAAGAGACGUUUUGGAAUGGCUACCGCCGAGCCGGGUGGCCAAUGCGAUGACAAGCGCCCGGAGGACUCGAACCCAACUCGGGAAAUAAGGAAGAACGACGCCACGUUCACGGAGCGCUUUGCUGCCUUGUACAACAAUGAGCGUCUCAGUGAUAUCGUUCUGCGGGUCGGAGAUGAUCGUUACCAUGCACACAAGUUCAUGCUGAUCGUCAGUAGUGACGUAUUCAGUAUUAUGCUUGGAGAGAGCCGGUGGCGGGAGGGAGGCCAAUCGGAAGUGGAACUGACCGAGGAGCCACCCUGUGUCCCAGUCUUCCCAGAUUUUCUCAAAUACAUCUACACGGGUAGUGUUACAUUGACGACGGACACCGUUUUGCCGAUUCUGCUGUUGGCAGACAAAUACAGCAUCCAGACCCUGGGACAGACGUGCGUGGACUACAUGCUACAGCACGUAGUGGAGACCCCCGACACCAACCGCACCCUCUCCUGGUACCACUACGCCAAAGUCACCAUGAAUACUGUUCUCAUCGACAAGUGCCGCAUUUUCAUACUAACCAACGUAGAUAUUAUUAUGAAAACAACAGACUGGAUGCAUUUGUCCCAGGAUGAGUUAACGGACCUCAUUUCCAGUAAUCAAGUCAUCGUGAAUGAUGAGUUUUAUCUUUGGGAGAAGGUAGAACAGUGGUUAACCAGCGACCUCCGUGAGAGUACGUUGGCUGACGACUUGCAGGAGGUUAUUCCUCACAUCCGCUUUACGAUGAUUCCUCCAAAGCAUCUGCUGUCGGUUGAGGGUAGCCGCCUGUACCAGGAACACACGGCCGCCUUUUCUGGGAAGCUGAAUGCCGCCUACCGGCAUCACUCGCUGGCCCUUGAUAACGUGGGGGGCGCGUGCAGCACAGAGAAGUUCCGUAACUACAUGGAUGAUAUGUACGGCAUCUCCACGGCCAUAACCAUCAAAGGUUACCGGAAUGUGGAACACAUGGAUAGCAAGAUAUCAAAGAGAAUGACAGUCCCGUUUGCAUUCGUGCCAUCCGGCCAUACAGCGAGAAAUGAAAACCAGGCUGAAUUUCGUGUCGAAUUUUGGCCAAUGGGAGCUUACAAAACAUUCAGUUGGUAUGGGUCACUAACUGACGACGCGAGACUUUCAUUACAAAUAUUGAACAAGAAGAAAGAAUCGGUCAUUGUCAGUCUCACUUUCAUUGUUUACGGAGAAAAGAAUGGAGCGAGGUACGUCUCGUUCGCGUAUUCAACUAAACACACAUUUUCGGCCAAGAACUCGAUUUUUGUGGAAGACAAUCUUCUUCCUCUGAAAGAACUGAAAGACGAGAAGUCGGCGCAUCUGAUAAACGGUAAUCUGGAAGCCAGAAUAUUUGUGAAGGUUGAAAACAUUGUACCCCCUGAGGAGAAUACCAAGUGAAUUGAGAGAAAUGAAAACAUUUAAGAUAGUAUAGACAUUUAUAGCAACGGGAUCAAGUGCAAUUAAUGGCUUGGUAUUCAUGUUUAUGAUAAAACUUUUUAACAAAAAAUAUAUGAAUAAAAUGAUAUUUUCUAGCAAAACAUAUGUUGCUUCAAUACAUACAAUUUGAAA